GAAGCCUUCUGUCUCUUACGUACGAGGCAGCGCGUGCCUCGCAGCAGACGUCAUUCGCUUAGCGGCAGACAUAGCGGUCUUCAAAGCGGGACUCAGGAAAACGCCGUUUGUUGGUUGUCUAGCAACAAGCCGCUUCGCGAGAUACAUCGGAACUUCCCAAUGCCGUCCCUGGGGAUUGUAGUUGCUCCUUACUUGCCGUAGCUAUUUCGUUCAGCAUUAGAAGGGACGGCGUUGAACUACAAAGACCGACAGCCCGCGGAGAAAGCUUAACGGGUUACUUUCCACUCUUCCCAAUGGAGGGAGUCCCAGAGGCGGUCGGGAUAGCCGAAAGAGUUGCGGCGUGCAGCCCGAGGCCCAGUUGGGGCGAGUCUCCGGCUUCGCUGAAUCCCGUGGGGGAAGCCGCGGGAGAGUCGGACUUGGCGCAGUCUCUGGAGCGGUAUCACCGAGGCUUACGCGAUCGUGCUAGUAAAAGCCUGGAUCAAUUGAAAUAUGUCUUGCGUGAAAAAGAUCUGGCAGCAGAUGAAAGGGCAGCUACAUUGGAUCAGUUAUUUCCUGACACAGGCCAUGAAGUCAGUGAAGAUAAAGCUUGGCAGGAGCUACAGUACAGCCAUGCAGUUAAUCAGCUUAAAGCAUUAUUACGACAACAAGAAGAAAAAGGGAGUGAAACAUCACCUUCAAAGAAGAGGGGAAUGCCACCCACAGUAAGUAUUAUCUGCUUUUUUUCUCUUGUUAUAUGA